GGCUGAAUACUAAAAUCAACAUGGCAACUAUGGUUCCACCAGUGAAACUGAAAUGGCUUGAACACCUGAACAGCUCCUGGAUUACAGAGGACAGUGAAUCUAUUGCUACAAGAGAGGGAGUUGCUGUGCUGUAUUCUAAACUGGUCAGCAAUAAGGAAGUAGUACCUUUGCCCCAACAAGUUUUGUGCCUCAAAGGACCACAGUUGCCAGACUUUGAACGUGAGUCUCUUUCAAGUGAUGAGCAGGAUCACUAUUUGGAUGCUCUUCUUAGCAGCCAGCUAGCACUAGCGAAAAUGGUAUGUUCAGAUUCCCCAUUUGCUGGGGCACUUCGAAAACGACUGCUUGUACUCCAGCGUGUCUUUUAUGCACUUUCUAAUAAAUACCAUGACAAAGGCAAAGUGAAACAGCAGCAGCAUUCUCCAGAGAGCAGCGCUGGUUCAGCAGAUGUCCAUUCUGUCAGUGAACGUCCUCGCUCAAGCACCGAUGCACUAAUAGAAAUGGGUGUUCGAACUGGUCUAAGUUUAUUAUUUGCACUUCUAAGACAAAGUUGGAUGAUGCCUGUGUCAGGACCUGGUCUCAGUCUUUGCAAUGACGUUAUUCAUACAGCAAUUGAAGUUGUGAGCUCGUUGCCACCAUUAUCUUUAGCAAAUGAAAGCAAGAUUCCUCCAAUGGGCUUGGACUGCUUGUCACAAGUAACAACAUUUCUUAAAGGUGUAACUAUUCCCAAUUCUGGGGCAGAUACUUUAGGUCGCAGAUUAGCUUCUGAGUUGCUGCUUGGUCUGGCAGCUCAGCGAGGUUCUUUGCGGUAUCUUCUUGAAUGGAUAGAAAUGGCUUUGGGGGCUUCAGCAGUUGUAAAUUCCAUGGAGAAAAGCAAACUACUAUCAACCCAGGAAGGAAUGAUCAGCUUUGACUGCUUCAUGACUAUUUUGAUGCAAAUGAGGCGCUCCUUGGGUUCAUCAGCUGAUCGAAGCCAGUGGAGGGAACCAACCAGAACAUCUGAUGGCUUGUGCUCCCUGUAUGAGGCCGCUUUAUGUCUCUUUGAAGAAGUUUGCAGAAUGGCUUCUGAUUACUCAAGAACAUGUGCUAGCCCAGAUAGCAUUCAGACUGGAGAUGCUCCUAUUGUCUCAGAAACCUGUGAGGUUUAUGUUUGGGGAAGCAACAGUAGUCAUCAGUUGGUAGAAGGCACUCAGGAGAAAAUUUUACAACCCAAAUUGGCUCCUAGUUUCUCUGAUGCUCAGACUAUUGAAGCUGGACAAUACUGCACUUUUGUCAUUUCUACAGAUGGCUCUGUAAGAGCUUGUGGUAAAGGCAGCUAUGGUAGACUGGGCCUUGGAGAUUCUAACAAUCAGUCUACUUUAAAAAAGUUAACAUUUGAACCUCAUAGGUCCAUUAAGAAGGUUUCAUCUUCUAAAGGAUCUGAUGGUCACACUUUAGCUUUUACAACAGAAGGAGAAGUCUUUAGUUGGGGAGAUGGUGAUUAUGGAAAAUUGGGACAUGGAAAUAGUUCAACACAGAAAUAUCCCAAGCUUAUUCAGGGUCCUCUGCAGGGAAAGGUAGUUGUUUGUGUGUCUGCUGGAUACAGACAUAGUGCUGCUGUCACAGAGGAUGGUGAAUUAUACACAUGGGGUGAAGGAGACUUUGGAAGAUUAGGUCACGGUGAUAGCAAUAGUCGUAACAUUCCAACGUUAGUAAAAGACAUUAGCAAUGUAGGAGAGGUUUCUUGUGGCAGCUCUCAUACUAUUGCUCUAUCUAAAGAUGGAAGAACUGUGUGGUCUUUUGGAGGAGGAGACAAUGGCAAACUUGGUCAUGGUGAUACCAACAGAGUGUAUAAGCCUAAAGUAAUUGAAGCUUUACAAGGAAUGUUCAUUCGGAAAGUUUGUGCUGGGAGUCAGUCUUCACUUGCUUUGACCUCAACAGGGCAGGUCUAUGCUUGGGGCUGUGGAGCUUGUCUAGGUUGUGGUUCUUCAGAAGCUACUGCUUUGAGACCCAAGCUUAUUGAAGAACUGGCUGCCACAAGAAUAGUUGAUAUUUCUAUUGGAGAUAGUCAUUGUUUGGCUCUUUCUCAUGACAACGAAGUGUAUGCUUGGGGCAACAACUCAAUGGGGCAAUGUGGCCAAGGAAAUUCCACAGGUCCUAUCACUAAACCAAAGAAAGUGAGUGGCUUAGAUGGCAUAGCUAUUCAGCAGAUCUCAGCUGGUACAUCACAUAGUCUUGCAUGGACUGCUCUUCCUAGGGACAGACAAGUUGUUGCAUGGCAUCGACCUUAUUGCGUUGAUCUUGAAGAGAGUACCUUCUCACAUCUGCGUUCUUUUCUUGAAAGAUACUGUGACAAAAUAAAUAGUGAGAUUCCCCCACUUCCUUUCCCUUCAUCAAGGGAACACCACAGUUUCCUCAAGCUAUGCCUGAAGCUGCUUUCAAAUCACCUUGCUCUUGCACUUGCUGGAGGGGUAGCUACAAGCAUUCUUGGGAGACAAGCAGGCCCACUUCGGAAUUUGCUCUUUAGACUGAUGGACUCUACUGUUCCAGAUGAAAUCCAGGAGGUAGUAAUUGAAACUCUUUCAGUGGGAGCAACUAUGCUGUUACCUCCAUUGCGAGAACGGAUGGAAUUGCUUCAUUCUCUUUUACCCCAAGGACCUGAUAGAUGGGAAAGCUUAUCUAAAGGACAGAGAAUGCAACUAGAUAUCAUUCUGACAAGUUUGCAAGACCAUACCCAUGUAGCCUCCUUACUUGGCUAUAGCUCACCUUCUGAUGCUGCUGACCUCUCUUCCGUGUGCACUGGCUAUGGAAGCCUGACAGAUCAGCCUUAUGGCACACAGAGCUGCCAUCCGGAUACUCAUCUGGCUGAAAUUUUGAUGAAGACACUCUUAAGAAAUUUAGGAUUUUAUACAGAUCAAGCCUUUGGAGAACUGGAAAAAAAUAGUGAUAAAUUUCUACUUGGAACAUCAUCAUCGGAGAACAGUCAGCCUGCUCAUCUUCAUGAACUGCUGUGUUCCCUGCAGAAACAGCUUCUGGCAUUUUGCCAUAUCAAUAACAUCAGUGAGAACUCAAGCAGUGUGGCAUUGCUUCAUAAACAUCUUCAGCUCUUAUUGCCUCAUGCCACAGAUAUUUAUUCACGUUCUGCAAAUUUGCUCAAAGAAAGUCCUUGGAAUGGCAGCGUUGGAGAAAAAUUAAGAGAUGUAAUAUAUGUGUCAGCUGCAGGCAGUAUGCUCUGCCAGAUUGUCAACUCCCUGCUGUUACUACCUGUGUCAGUGGCUCGACCUUUAUUGAGUUACCUCCUCGACUUGUUGCCUCCUCUUGAUUGCCUUAAUAGACUCCUGCCAGCUGCUGCUCUUUUAGAAGAUCAAGAGUUACAGUGGCCUCUUCAUGGAGGGCCUGAACUAGUGGAUCCUGCUGGGCUGCCUUUACCUCAGCCAGCCCAGUCCUGGGUAUGGCUUGUGGAUUUGGAAAGAACAAUUGCUCUCCUUAUUGGGCGUUGUCUUGGUGGCAUGCUUCAGGGCUCCCCUGUGUCUCCAGAGGAACAGGACACUGCAUAUUGGAUGAAAACACCACUCUUCAGUGAUGGUGUAGAAAUGGACAUCCCUCAGUUAGAUAAAUGUAUGAGUUGCCUAUUAGAAGUAGCUCUUUCAGGAAAUGAAGAACAAAAGCCUUUUGAUUAUAAACUACGGCCUGAAAUUGCUGUCUAUGUAGACUUGGCAUUGGGUUGUUCAAAAGAACCUGCACAAAGUCUUUGGAUCAGCAUGCAGGAUUAUGCUGUUAGUAAAGAUUGGGACAGUGCAACUUUGAGUAACGAGUCACUCUUGGACACUGUGUCUAGAUUUGUUCUUGCAGCUCUUCUGAAACACACAAAUUUACUUAGUCAAGCAUGUGGAGAAAGCCGAUAUCAACCUGGUAAAAGCUUAUCAGAAGUGUACCGUUGUGUGUACAAAGUUCGAAGUCGUUUACUUGCUUGCAAGAACCUUGAACUUAUUCAGACCAGGUCAUCAUCACGAGACAGAUGGAUUUCAGAAAAUCAAGACUCUGCAGAUGUUGAUCCUCAGGAACAUUCAUUUACCCGGACCAUUGAUGAAGAAGCUGAAAUGGAAGAACAGGCUGAGCGGGACCGGGAGGAGGGGCAUCCAGAACCAGAGGAUGAAGAGGAAGAACGUGAACAUGAAGUGAUGACAGCUGGCAAAAUCUUUCAGUGUUUCCUCUCAGCCCGUGAAGUAGCUCGUAGCCGAGAUCGAGAUAGAAUGAACAGUGGGGCAGGGUCUGGGACUCGAGCUGAUGAUCCACCUCCUCAGUCCCAGCAAGAGCGAAGGGUCAGCACAGACCUUCCUGAGGGUCAGGAUGUGUACACUGCUGCCUGCAACUCUGUGAUCCAUCGCUGUGCCCUGUUAAUAUUAGGAGUAAGUCCUGUGAUAGAUGAGCUUCAGAAGCGAAGGGAAGAAGGACAGUUGCAGCAGCCAUCAACAAGUACCUCUGAAGGGGGUGGACUUAUGACCAGGAGUGAAAGUCUUACUGCAGAGAGCCGGCUAGUCCACGCAAGUCCAAAUUAUAGACUGAUCAAAUCGAGGAGUGAAUCUGAUUUGUCUCAGCCUGAAUCAGAUGAAGAGGGUUACGCACUGAGUGGAAGACGAAAUGUUGAUUUGGACUUGGCAUCAUCUCAUAGAAAGAAAGGUCCUAUGCACAGUCAAUUGGAAUCCCUGAGUGACUCUUGGGCUCGCCUGAAACAUAGCAGAGACUGGUUAUGCAACUCCUCUUACUCCUUUGAGUCUGAUUUUGAUCUUACCAAGACUUUGGGAGUUCACACUUUGAUUGAAAAUGUUGUAAGCUUUGUGAGUGGAGAUGUGGGGAAUGCCCCAGGUUUUAAAGAGCCAGAGGAAAGUAUGUCUACAAGUCCCCAGGCCUCUAUUAUUGCAAUGGAACAGCAACAGUUAAGGGCAGAACUUCGUUUAGAGGCACUUCAUCAGAUCCUUGUUCUGUUGUCUGGCAUGGAGGAAAAAGGUAGCAUUUCUCUGGCUGGAAGUAGGUCGAGCUCGGGCCUCCAGUCAUCUACGCUGCUCACAUCUGUAAGGUUACAGUUUCUGGCAGGGUGCUUUGGUUUAGGCACUGUUGGACUUGCAGGAGCCAAAGGGGAGAGUGGUCGAUUACAUCAUUAUCAGGAUGGAAUCAGAGCAGCUAAGAGAAAUAUUCAGAUUGAAAUCCAGGUGGCUGUGCAUAAAAUUUAUCAACAGUUGUCUGCUACCCUAGAGAGAGCUCUCCAAGCAAACAAGCAUCACAUCGAAGCCCAGCAGCGUCUCCUUUUGGUUACAGUUUUCUCCCUGAGUGUUCACUAUCAACCAGUGGAUGUUUCUUUGGCAAUUUCUACUGGUCUGCUAAAUGUGCUAUCACAGUUAUGUGGCACAGACACCAUGUUAGGACAACCCUUGCAGUUGUUGCCAAAGACUGGUGUUUCCCAGCUUAGCACAGCUUUGAAAGUGGCUAGUACAAGAUUGCUCCAGAUUCUGGCCAUCACUACAGGGACCUAUGCUGAUAAACUGAGUCCCAAAGUAGUUCAGUCCUUGUUGGAUCUUCUCUGUAGUCAAUUGAAGAAUUUGUUGUCCCAAGCUGGUGUACUGCUUAUGGCCUCUUUUGGAGAAGGGGAAAGAGAAGAGGGUGAAGAAGAAAAAAAAGUUGAUUCUAGUGGAGAAAUGGAGAAAAGAGAUUUUAGAGCUGCUAUUCGAAAACAACAUGCUGCUGAACUACAUCUGGGGGAUUUUUUAGUUUUUCUUCGUAGAGUUGUAUCUUCUAAAGCAAUUCAGUCAAAAAUGGCUUCCCCAAAGUGGACAGAGGUGCUUCUAAACAUAGCAUCCCAGAAAUGUUCUUCAGGUAUUCCUCUAGUUGGUAACUUAAGAACAAGGCUCCUCGCACUUCAUGUCCUUGAGGCUGUGCUACCAGCUUGUGAAUCUGGUGUAGAAGAUGAUCAAAUGGCCCAGGUUGUUGAAUGCUUAUUUUCUCUUCUGUCGGACUGUAUGUGGGAGACUCCCAUCGCUCAGGCAAAACAUGCUAUUCAGAUAAAGGAAAAAGAACAAGAAAUGAAAUUACAGAAGCAGGGAGAGUUGGAGGAAGAAGAUGAAAAUCUUCCUAUACAAGAAGUUUCCUUUGACCCAGAGAAAGCUCAGUGUUGCCUAGUGGAAAAUGGACAGAUUUUAACUCAUGGCAGUGGAGGAAAAGGGUAUGGAUUGGCAUCAACGGGAGUAACUUCUGGAUGUUACCAAUGGAAGUUUUACAUUGUGAAGGAAAACAGAGGUAAUGAAGGUACAUGUGUUGGAGUUUCUCGCUGGCCAGUACAUGACUUUAACCACCGUACUACCUCGGAUAUGUGGCUGUAUCGUGCCUACAGUGGUAACCUCUAUCACAAUGGUGAACAGACCCUGACGUUGUCCAGCUUUACACAAGGAGAUUUCAUUACCUGUGUAUUAGACAUGGAAGCCAGGACCAUUUCCUUUGGAAAGAAUGGAGAGGAACCCAAAUUAGCUUUUGAAGAUGUGGAUGCAUCAGAGCUGUACCCAUGUGUAAUGUUCUAUAGUAGCAAUCCAGGGGAAAAGGUGAAAAUUUGUGACAUGCAGAUGCGUGGCACACCACGAGACUUACUUCCAGGAGAUCCCAUUUGUAGUCCAGUAUCAGCAGUGCUGGCAGAAGCCACUAUUCAGCUUAUCCGUAUCCUUCAUCGAACAGACCGUUGGACUUACUGCAUUAACAAAAAAAUGAUAGAAAGAUUGCACAAAAUUAAGAUAUGCAUUAAAGAGUCAGGUCAGAAGCUAAAGAAGAGCCGUUCGGUUCAAAGCCGAGAGGAAAAUGAAAUGAGAGAGGAGAAGGAAAGCAAAGAGGAAGAGAAAGGUAAACACAGUAGACAUGGCCUUGCUGACCUCUCAGAGCUGCAGCUGAGGACACUGUGCAUGGAGGUGUGGCCUGUGCUGGCAGUGAUAGGAGGAGUUGAUGCUGGCCUUAGAGUUGGAGGUCGGUGUGUUCACAAGCAAACUGGGCGCCAUGCCACGCUGCUGGGAGUGGUCAAAGAGGGCAGCACUUCUGCCAAGGUCCAAUGGGAUGAAGCAGAAAUUACCAUCAGCUUCCCAACUUUUUGGUCGCCUAGUGAUACUCCAUUGUAUAAUCUGGAACCCUGUGAACCACUUCCGUUUGAUGUGGCAAGAUUCCGGGGACUGACAGCUUCUGUGCUGCUGGACCUCACGUAUCUGACCGGCAUUCACGAAGAUAUGGGUAAACAGAGCGCCAAGCGACAUGAAAAGAAACACCGACAUGAGUCUGAAGAGAAAGGGGAUGUUGAGCAGAAAACUGAUAAUGAAUCUACUUUAGAUAUGCGAACAGGUUUGCCAUCUGAUGAUGCCAAAAGUGUGGGUACCACAAGCUCCAAAUCAGAAAAUGAAAUAGCUUCAUUUUCUUUAGAUCCAACACUGCCAGGUGUGGAACCCCAGCAUCAAAUAACAGAAGGAAAAAGAAAAAAUCAUGAACACAUGUCUAAGAACCAUGACAUAGCCCAGUCAGAAAUCAGAGCAGUCCAGCUGUCCUAUCUCUACCUUGGUGCUAUGAAAUCACUUAGUGCUCUUCUUGGCUGUAGUAAAUAUGCUGAGUUGUUGUUGAUACCAAAAGUUCUGGCUGAAAAUGGUCACAACUCAGACUGUGCAAGCUCUCCAGUUGUUCAUGAAGAUGUGGAGAUGCGUGCAGCCCUGCAAUUCUUGAUGCGACACAUGGUGAAGCGAGCAGUCAUGAGGUCACCCAUAAAGAGAGCUUUGGGAUUAGCUGAUUUGGAACGAGCUCAAGCCAUGAUCUAUAAAUUAGUGGUCCAUGGGCUUUUGGAAGACCAGUUUGGGGGCAAAAUUAAACAAGAAAGGCAAAUGUUCUCUAGUUACCCAACUACUACUGUACUUCCCACACGUCGUGCACAGACUCCUCCAAUAUCAUCAUUACCAACUUCUCCUUCUGAUGAAGUAGGAAGAAGGCAAAGCUUAACUUCUCCUGAUUCCCAGUCAGCAAGACCAGCUAAUCGCACAGCCUUAUCGGAUCCAAGCAGUAGGCUUUCAACUUCUCCUCCACCUCCAGCAAUUGCAGUACCCUUGCUGGAAAUGGGAUUCUCUCUCCGGCAGAUUGCCAAAGCCAUGGAAGCCACAGGUGCUCGAGGAGAGGCUGAUGCCCAGAACAUCACUGUCCUUGCCAUGUGGAUGAUAGAACACCCUGGGCAUGAGGAUGAGGAAGAGCCCCAGUCAGGUAGCGCAGCUGACUCAAGGCAUGGAGCAGCAGUCCUGGGCAGUGGUGGGAAGUCAAAUGACCCCUGUUAUUUGCAAUCACCAGGAGACAUACCAUCAGCUGAUGCUGCUGAAAUAGAAGAGGGCUUUAGUGAGAGCCCUGAUAAUAUGGAUCAUGCAGAGAAUGCAGCUUCUGGAAGUGGACCGCCAGCUAGAGGUCGCUCAGCAGUAACAAGAAGGCACAAGUUUGAUUUAGCUGCUCGCACAUUGCUAGCAAGAGCAGCGGGGUUAUACCGCUCUGUGCAGGCCCAUAGGAAUCAAAGUCGAAGAGAAGGAAUAUCUUUGCAGCAAGACGCAGGGGCAUUGUACGACUUUAAUUUAGAUGAGGAAUUGGAAAUUGAUCUUGAUGAUGAAGCAAUGGAAGCUAUGUUUGGACAAGACCUGACCAGUGACAAUGAUAUUCUGGGAAUGUGGAUCCCAGAGGUACUGGAUUGGCCUACCUGGCAUGUUUGUGAAUCUGAAGACAGAGAAGAAGUGGUGGUGUGUGAACUGUGUGAAUGCAGUGUCGUCAACUUCAAUCAGCACAUGAAGAGAAAUCACCCAGGCUGUGGGCGUAGUGCAAAUCGCCAGGGCUAUCGAAGCAACGGCUCCUAUGUGGAUGGCUGGUUUGGUGGUGAAUGUGGGAGUGGAAAUCCAUACUAUCUGCUUUGUGGCAGCUGCAGGGAGAAGUACUUAGCCCUGAAGACCAAAUCUAAGACAACAAGUUCUGAAAGGUACAAGGGACAAGCUCCAGAUCUAAUUGGCAAGCAGGACAGUGUAUAUGAAGAAGACUGGGAUAUGUUGGAUGUUGAUGAAGAUGAAAAGCUAACAGGCGAAGAAGAGUUUGAAUUACUUGCUGGACCACUUGGUUUAAAUGACCGACGCAUUGUACCAGAGCCUGUUCAGUUCCCUGAUAGUGAUCCUUUAGGAGCUUCAGUAGCAAUGGUAACAGCCACCAACAGUAUGGAAGAGACCCUGAUGCAAAUAGGUUGUCAUGGCUCUAUAGAAAAGAGUUCUUCUGGGAGAAUAACAUUAGGUGAGCAGGCAGCUGCCUUGGCAAACCCUCACGACCGGGUGAUAGCUUUACGAAGAGUGACUGCUGCUGCUCAGGUUCUUCUGGCCAGAACCAUGGUCAUGAGAGCUCUGUCACUUCUCUCAGUUAGUGGUUCCAGUUGUAGCCUUGCUGCUGGUCUUGAAUCUCUGGGGCUUACAGAUAUCCGUACACUGGUUCGAUUAAUGUGCUUGGCAGCAGCAGGGAGAGCUGGCCUCUCCACCAGCCCUUCUGCCAUGGUGAGCACCUCAGAACGCUCACGAGGAGGGCACAGUAAAACUAAUAAGCCUAUCUCUUGCCUGGCUUAUCUGAGCACUGCAGUAGGAUGUCUGGCAUCGAACACUCCCAGUGCUGCUAAACUCCUGGUACAGUUGUGUACACAGAACUUGAUUUCUGCUGCAACAGGUGUAAAUCUGACUACAGUUGAUGAUCCAAUUCAGCGAAAAUUUCUACCUAGCUUUCUCAGAGGAAUUGCUGAAGAGAAUAAACUUGUAACCUCUCCCAACUUUGUUGUAACUCAGGCCCUUGUGGCAUUACUAGCAGACAAAGGGGCUAAACUAAGACCUAACUAUGAUAAGUCAGAAGUUGAAAAGAAAGGCCCUCUGGAGCUGGCUAAUGCCCUGGCAGCCUGCUGCCUCUCCUCCAGGCUGUCCUCACAGCAUAGGCAAUGGGCUGCUCAACAACUCGUGCGCACUCUUGCGGCACAUGACCGCGACAACCAAACUACUCCACAAACACUUGCUGAUAUGGGAGGAGACCUCAGAAAAUGCUCCUUUAUCAAGUUGGAGGCUCAUCAGAACAGAGUUAUGACUUGUGUUUGGUGUAAUAAAAAAGGUCUCUUGGCUACAAGUGGCAAUGAUGGCACCAUCCGGGUAUGGAGUGUUACCAAGAAGCAAUAUUCACUGCAACAGACUUGUGUGUUCAACAGAUUGGAAGGGGAUGCUGAAGAAAGCUUGGGGUCACCCAGUGAUCCAAGUUUUUCACCUGUUUCCUGGAGUAUCAGUGGCAAAUAUCUAGCUGGGGCUUUGGAAAAGAUGGUGAAUAUCUGGCAAGUUAAUGGAGGAAAAGGAUUAGUAGAUAUUCAGCCUCAUUGGGUUUCUGCCCUGGCUUGGCCUGAAGAGGGUCCAGCUACUGCCUGGUCAGGAGAGUCUCCAGAAUUAUUGUUGGUGGGACGGAUGGAUGGAUCUCUAGGAUUGAUUGAAGUUGUUGAUGUGUCUACCAUGCACCGCCGAGAAUUAGAGCAUUGCUAUCGAAAGGAUGUGUCUGUAACUUGCAUCGCUUGGUUCAGUGAAGACAAACCAUUUGCAGUGGGAUAUUUUGAUGGAAAAUUGUUAAUGGGAACAAAGGAACCACUUGAGAAAGGAGGCAUUGUUCUUAUUGAUGCACAUAAGGAUACUCUUGUUAGCAUGAAGUGGGACCCAACAGGUCGUAUUCUCAUGACUUGUGCCAAAGAAGAAACUGUGAAACUCUGGGGGCUAAUUUCAGGAUGUUGGCGCUGUCUAUAUUCACUCUGUCAUCCAUCUAUUGUAAAUGGCAUUGCUUGGUGCAGCCUUCCAGGAAAAGGAUCCAAAUUGCAUUUACUGAUGGCUAUUGGCUGUCAGAGUGGCUUAGUAUGUGUUUGGCGUAUUCCACAAGAUGCCACACAGACCAGUGUGACUAGUUCAGAAGGAUGGUGGGACGCAGAGUUAAAUUGCCAGGAUGUAUAUAGGAAAUCAGCCGGAGCCAAGUGUGUUUAUCAGCUGCGAGGACACAUCACCCCUGUCCGGACCGUUGCCUUUAGUUCAGAUGGUUUGGCCCUGGUGUCUGGUGGACUAGGUGGGCUCAUGAACAUUUGGUCCUUAAGGGAUGGCUCUGUCUUACAAACUGUUGUGAUAGGCUCUGGAGCUAUUCAGACCACAGUAUGGAUUCCAGAUGUUGGGGUAGCUGCUUGUUCAAAUAGAUCAAAGGAUGUUUUGGUCGUGAAUUGUACAGCAGAAUGGGCUGCUGCCAAUCAUGUUUUAGCAACCUGUAGGACGGCACUGAAACAGCAAGGUGUUCUGGGAUUAAACAUGGCUCCCUGCAUGAGAGCAUUUCUGGAGAGGCUACCCAUGAUGCUUCAGGAGCAGUAUGCCUAUGAAAAGCCUCAUGUGGUUUGUGGUGACCAGCUUGUCCACAGCCCAUAUAUGCAAUGUUUGGCUUCUCUUGCUGUGGGACUUCAUCUAGAUCAGUUAUUGUGUAACCCACCAGUGCCACCACACCACCAAAACUGUCUCCCUGAUCCUGCAUCCUGGAAUCCAAAUGAGUGGGCCUGGUUAGAAUGUUUCUCAACCACUAUAAAAGCUGCUGAAGCACUAACUAAUGGAGCACAGUUUCCAGAAUCUUUUACUGUUCCUGAUCUAGAACCUGUUCCAGAGGAUGAACUUGUAUUCCUAAUGGAUAACAGUAAAUGGAUUAAUGGCAUGGAUGAACAAAUUAUGUCCUGGGCAACUUCUAGACCCGAGGACUGGCAUCUGGGAGGUAAAUGUGAUGUCUACCUGUGGGGUGCUGGCAGGCAUGGACAGCUGGCAGAAGCUGGAAGAAAUGUGAUGGUGCCUGCAGCAGCUCCGUCAUUCUCUCAGGCUCAACAGGUCAUAUGUGGUCAGAAUUGUACCUUUGUCAUCCAGGCCAAUGGCACAGUAUUAGCUUGUGGAGAAGGAAGUUAUGGCAGAUUGGGACAAGGAAAUUCAGAUGACCUUCAUGUGCUGACAGUUAUUUCAGCCUUACAAGGCUUUGUGGUGACCCAGCUGGUGACUUCCUGUGGUUCUGAUGGGCACUCAAUGGCCCUAACUGAAAGUGGUGAGGUCUUUAGCUGGGGAGAUGGUGAUUAUGGCAAACUCGGCCAUGGGAACAGCGACAGGCAACGGCGGCCCAGGCAAAUUGAGGCCUUACAAGGAGAAGAAGUGGUGCAGAUGUCUUGUGGCUUCAAGCAUUCAGCAGUGGUAACUUCAGAUGGCAAACUGUUUACCUUUGGGAAUGGUGACUAUGGUCGUUUGGGUCUUGGAAACACUUCUAACAAAAAACUUCCAGAAAGAGUGACUGCGCUGGAGGGAUAUCAAAUUGGACAGGUGGCUUGUGGCUUAAACCACACUUUGGCGGUGUCAGCAGAUGGCUCCAUGGUGUGGGCUUUUGGAGAUGGGGAUUAUGGAAAAUUGGGAUUAGGAAAUUCCACUGCGAAAUCAUCUCCUCAGAAAGUUGAUGUCCUUUGUGGAAUUGGAAUAAAAAAGGUUGCUUGUGGAACUCAAUUUUCUGUUGCAUUGACCAAAGAUGGUCAUGUGUAUACAUUUGGUCAAGAUCGUUUGAUAGGCUUACCAGAGGGUCGUGCCCGAAACCAUAAUCGACCACAGCAAAUCCCUGUCCUGGCUGGGGUGAACAUUGAAGACAUAGCAGUUGGAGCUGAGCAUACACUUGCUUUGGCGUCAAAUGGAGAUGUAUAUGCCUGGGGGAGUAAUUCAGAAGGGCAGCUUGGGCUAGGUCACACCAACCACGUUCGAGAACCAACCCUGGUAACAGUUUUGCAAGGGAAAAACGUUCGUCAGAUUUCUGCUGGCCGCUGCCACAGUGCCGCUUGGACAGCACCACCUGUCCCGCCAAGAGCACCAGGUGUGUCAGUACCCCUGCAACUAGGCCUGCCUGAUGCAGUGCCCCCCCAGUAUGGAGCACUGAGGGAGGUGAGCAUUCACACUGCCCGGGCCAGACUCCGACUGCUGUAUCACUUCUCUGAUCUCAUGUACUCGUCCUGGAGACUGCUGAACCUCAGCCCUAACAACCAGAACAGUACAUCUCACUAUAAUGCUGGAACAUGGGGCAUUGUACAGGGACAACUUCGACCUUUGUUAGCCCCACGAGUCUAUACUCUCCCAAUGGUGCGCUCCAUAGGAAAAACCAUGGUUCAAGGAAAAAACUAUGGACCUCAAAUUACUGUAAAAAGGAUAUCAACCAGGGGACGAAAGUGUAAGCCCAUCUUUGUCCAAAUAGCAAGACAAGUAGUUAAGCUGAAUGCAUCAGACCUCCGUCUGCCUUCCCGGGCAUGGAAAGUAAAGCUGGUUGGAGAAGGAGCUGAUGACGCUGGAGGAGUAUUUGAUGACACAAUCACAGAGAUGUGCCAGGAACUUGAAACUGGUAUUGUUGACCUUCUUAUACCUUCUCCCAAUGCCACUGCAGAAGUAGGUUACAAUAGAGACAGGUUCCUUUUUAACCCCUCUGCUUGCCUUGAUGAACACUUAAUGCAGUUUAAGUUCUUGGGAAUUUUAAUGGGGGUUGCCAUUCGCACCAAGAAGCCUCUGGACCUUCACUUGGCCCCUCUGGUGUGGAAGCAGCUGUGCUGCAUCCCACUCACUCUGGAAGACCUGGAGGAAGUGGAUCUGCUCUACGUGCAGACUCUGAACAGCAUUCUUCACAUUGAAGACAGUGGGAUUACAGAGGAGAGUUUCCAUGAGAUGAUUCCUCUUGAUUCUUUUGUUGGCCAGAGUGCUGAUGGCAAAAUGGUCCCCAUAAUCCCUGGUGGAAAUAGUAUCCCACUCACAUUUUCCAAUAGGAAGGAAUAUGUGGAGAGGGCCAUUGAAUAUCGACUUCAUGAGAUGGACCGACAGGUGGCUGCUGUCCGAGAAGGGAUGUCCUGGAUUGUCCCGGUGCCGCUGCUGUCCCUCCUCACAGCAAAGCAGCUGGAGCAGAUGGUGUGUGGCAUGCCGGAGAUCUCUGUGGAAGUCUUGAAGAAAGUGGUGCGGUACCGGGAGGUGGAUGAACAGCAUCAACUUGUCCAGUGGUUCUGGCACACACUGGAGGAGUUCUCCAAUGAGGAGCGCGUGCUCUUCAUGAGGUUUGUGUCUGGAAGAUCUCGACUACCAGCCAACACUGCUGACAUUUCUCAGAGAUUUCAAAUCAUGAAGGUUGAUAGGCCUUAUGACAGUCUGCCUACCUCACAGACCUGCUUCUUCCAGCUGCGGCUGCCCCCCUACUCCAGCCAGCUGGUCAUGGCUGAGCGCCUGCGCUACGCCAUCAACAACUGCCGCUCGAUCGACAUGGACAACUACAUGCUCUCAAGAAACGUGGACAAUGCUGAGGGCUCUGACACCGACUACUGACCACCCCCCUUUUUUCAAUGAUGUUCAGUUCCAAUUUAAUGUUGAUAUACUUUUAUGGUAACUACAUAGAUGUUUUAGGAGCAUAAACUGAUAUUAUGAACAGUGGCCACACUUAGUUAUUUUAAGUGUAACAAAGAAAUUAGAUGUUUUUAUUUUUCUGUGAUUGUACAAAAAAAAAUACAAGUGCUCUCAGUCAGGUUUCUCCUUCCAUAUUUUUGGUCACUUUUGAUAAGUUUGCAUGGAACCAUUUUGGUGCAUUUUUAGUUGGGAAUGGUACAUUUUUGUAAACCCACCCAGUGAACAUGGAAUUGUACAUUGUGUAUAAUUGUUCAUUAGAAAGGACAGUUUUACAUGAAUAUUCAUAUAUUUAUUUUGUUUUAAUUUGAAUUGCCUGUGCAGGGUUCCUUAUGCAGAGAAAUAAAGCUGAUACA